UUGAAAAAUCGCCCCCGCAUGUGGGCUGAGCAUCGAUGAAGCGACCGGCUGACGAGCCUCACGCGCAGGCAGCAGUGGAUGCCCUACUUUGGAAGGCAAGCCCCAGAGCACCAGGAGGAAACUCGCCCCGGGCAACCACGCCUGCAUUCAAGGCUCUACCCCUUCCAGGUCAUCCAUUGUUUCCCAAAGUGCCACCUCGCCUUGGGGGGCUUCUCCUGCCCGACGUGUCUGGCUUGGGCAAUGGAGUCCAUGGAGACAAAACAGCGCAACCCCCAUGGAAGGUAGCGCGAGUAGACACUGAACAGGCCAAGGCUGCGCCUGUCGUGGAAGUGAGGACAAAGGCGAUGGCGAUGCCAGAGGUUCCUAAAGGACCUGCAACGGUGGCGCCCCGACCGCAGGCGCCUCCAUGGCGAGCCGUGCCUGCCGUGCCUGCCGUGCCUGCCGUGCCUGCCGUGCCUGCCGUGCCUGCCGUGCCACCCCCCGUGCCACCUGCUGUGCCACCUGCUGUGCCGCCACCCGCGGGAGCCGCGCCGGAGCGACCAAGAGGUCCUAGUGGAAACAGCACUGCCACUGGCAGCACUGGCAGCGGUGCGAGCUUCUCCAAAGCUGCUGCUGCUGCUUCUUCCGGGCUUGUACCGAAUCCCAACGACCUGUUGCGCCGUGGUGAAGAGCUGCUACGGCAAACAGCACAGCUUCAUCAACAGAAUGAGAUUGCGCACAAAAAGCAGGAGGAAGAACGAAGAAAGCAGGAGGAGAUCGAAAAACGUCGAGCAGAGGUUGAAGAGAAAAGGCGAUUGGAAGAAGAGCGGAAACGCCUUGUCGAAGAAGAGCAGCAAAAUGUCAGGCGCCAAGCAGAUGAGGCAGCCCAAGUCUUGCAGGACGAGCUGCGGAAGCUCAUCGAGGUGGCUGAGUUGGAAGUGCAGAUGGCUGAGGCAGAGUCUGCAAAGAUCGAUGAACCGGCGUCCUGCGAGGAGAUAGUUCGUGUCAGUGAAGACUUCGAGACUGCAGCAUUAGCGGCGCAGCAUGCGGUCAAGGCAUGCUUUGAGUUCAUGGACGGGAGACAUCUCAAACUGAAAGGAAACACCGAGGCGACGAUGUCGAACUGCGCGUCACUUCUCAAGAGGAGUCAUGCUGCAAGAGCCAGUGUCGACAUGGUUGUGCUAAAGGUUCGGCAAAAGGCAAAGCCUGCCAAGGAUGAACUCUUGGCCCGCUCCCUCCAGGCCGAAUUGGAGAGUUUGCUGGCCGUUGCCGAAGAAGAGGCUGCUACCGUCCGAAAGCUCCAGGAGGCAUUGGGAAAGGCACAACGUCAAGAUGGAAAUGAAGCUGACCAGGCCGUCAUCAGUGCAUGCGAUGACUUUGACAAACCGGGGCAAAAUGCCUUACAAGCUGCGCUUCGCUGUACCAGCUUGCUGGACCAGAAUGUGAAACAAAUUCACGGGCCAACUGAGGAGCUCAAAGCGCGGUCGACCAAACUUGCAGGUCAAGCACGACAGCUCCGCAGUGCUUUGGAUCAGAUCCUGGAGAAGGUGAGGCUGGCAAAGAUGGCUGCCAUCCAACGCAUUGAAAAAGAGGCAAGAAGAGUGGCAGUUGAGAAAGAGGCAAAGCGCCAGGAAGCCAUCUUUGAUCAAUACGACCAGGAUAAAGACGGGGUCCUUACCGCUGGAGAGAUCGUGGCUUACGUCAAGGGAGAACACCAAUUCGACUUGGCAGAGGAGAAGCUGCAGCAGAUCCUGCAGAAUGGUGGCGUCUCCAAGCAGCACUUCGCACGACUCAGGCUCACAAACGGCGCCUCCGCCACAGCAAAACAGCAGGGCCCUGAAGGCCCAGAGAAGUUGCGGCAGUUAGAGGAGUUCGUUCAAGGUACAGACUCCGAGCUUGCAGUGACAGAGGAGGCGAAACAAUUGGUCUUCGGACAGGUCCGUGAAAUUGUCGAGUCACUUCAAGCGCAGCUUCAAGAAAGCGAACCGCUUGCCAAAGUGAAGCAGCUUCGUGAAGAAGCUGCGCCUGUGAUGGCACGUUUUAUGGAGGCGGAGGUGUUGCGCACACAGAUUCAGGUCUGCAGUGAAGACUUGGUGCGGUUGAAGCAGGAAGUGGCUGAUUGCAAAGAGGAGCUGAAAGAAGGCCGAAUGCGCUGGAGCGAUAGCGCAGCUGGAAGCCUCACACACCGAAGAGGUGCAGCUUCAGGGCUUUUCGGUGCAGCGGUGCGAGAGUUGCCACAUGGCACACGGCAACAUGGGGACAUGGGGACAUGGGGACACCUGCAUGGGGAUGCACAGCGCGCUGCUUUUGUGACCCUGGCAACACACGACUACAGCCAGGGUGCUCUUGUGCUGACGGCUGGUCUACGGUCUGGACUGCCAGACUGGAUCGAUGUUAUUGUCUUCAGCGACACAGAGCUUUCUCUGGUUCCAGGCGUGGAGUUGCGAGCGUUGUCAAGCCUGCCAGAUGUACCAGUACCUGCUUUUGUCGGUGAGCCACUCAUGCCAAACUUCAACUUCUGCUGGAAGAAGCUUGGCCUAUGGUCAUUGGAGGAGUACGAUGUGAUCGUCUACAUGGAUGCUGACAUCUUGAUCCUGGGAAACAUCCUGUCCAUCUUGGAAAAGACUCCUCCAGCUGGGAUGCUUGCUGCUGUCCCAGCUUGCGAAUGUUGGAGAAGUGAAACGUGCAACUACACAGCUCCAGAUUCGUAUGAUGUUGGCUUCUACUUCAACGCUGGUGUGUUGGUCUUUCGGCCAAGCACAUCUGAUUUCUCCAAUAUGAUGGGGUGGCUGCAACACGAUGCCCAGACUCCAAGUCCAGCUCUUCAGAGCUCUGAGCAACCUGGUAGUGAUUCCAUGCCUUUCGCAGAACAGGACUUUUUGAACAUUUUCUUUGAAAAGAAGCUUUGUAGACUUCCACCAGUCUUCAACGCCCUCCAGCAUGCAUUGCGGAAUCCGAAACACGCCACACAGCUCAAUCUGAGCGAUUGCAUCGCUUUGCACUAUGUCAUGGGCAAGCCCUGGGCCCCGACAAAGCAUGACGAAGACUUCGUUGACCUACAGAACCUCUGGCGAAAGUCAUAUCAGGAGUUUUCCACACGCGCAUUCCUAAGACCACUUUGGGAGCUCCACAGAGUACAUCCAAAGCUUUCGCUGUUUUUGGUGCGGGAUUACAUCCCUCCAGCAACAGAGGGAGCACUUCUGUCUGUCAUCUACGGGGAGUCGCUGCAGGAUCGUUGGGUGCAGCUCACCAGUCGCAGGCUGCUCUGCCUUGGAGGUGUGCCUCAUCCUGAUGGUGCCAUUUGCGAAGCCCUACCUCCAGCAAUCGAUGAGAUUGGGCAUGCGCUGGCUCAAGCUGGUGGAAUAUCAGGUUUGCCAAAUCAGUGCCUCAUCAACAGCUACCUUCCUGGACAGGGCAUUGAUGCCCACAGUGAUGGGCCCAGAUUCAAGGCAGAAGUGGCCAUUCUCACUUUAGAAGGGCCUGCGCUGAUGUAUUUCGGGCUUGUUGAAAAGAAGGCUUAUCCUUUGCAUCCGCAGCGCUUAGAGGUGCUGCUUGAACCUCGGUCGCUUCUUGUCAUGAGUGGUGAAGCCUAUGAACUUUACGUUCAUCGAAUUGAUCAUGCGAAGGUGGACAUCACCAGGGCUGGUGAAGAAAUUCCCCGCGCACCACGGCGCACUUCUCUGACAUUGCGGCGCUUGAAGCACAUUCUGCUGGAACCCAAGGAAGUGAUGGAUGCAGCCACGAAGAGUGCCAAAGAUGCACAGUGGCAAUGGUGGAACUCGCAAAUCAGUGAGAUAGACUGAGUGAUGGCAUGGAGAU